AUGGCUUCCUUCUACAUCGAAAACAAGAACGUCGGCAACAAGGCCGAGAGCGAGGACUGGAGAACGCCCGACCUACUCCAACAUGAGAUCAAACAGACCCAGGAAUCGAAGCGCACCGUGCUCGACGGCCGUGAGGAGGUUGUCGCAGUGGUCAAUGGCACGGACGAGAAGCAGCGGCUGCUCGUGGUCAUCGGCCCUUGCUCCAUACACGACCCCCAGGCGGCCCUUGACUACUGUGACAUGCUACUGAAAGAGAAGGAGAAGCACAAGGACGAGCUGCUGAUUGUGAUGCGCUCCUACCUGGAGAAGCCUCGCACGACUGUCGGCUGGAAGGGUCUUAUUAACGACCCGGACAUCGACAACAGCUUCAACAUCAACAAGGGUCUGCGCCUUUCGAGACAACUUUUUGUGGACCUUACCUCGAAGGGCAUGCCUCUUGCGAGCGAGAUGUUGGAUACCAUCUCCCCACAGUUCGUGGCUGAUGUGCUGUCCCUCGGUGCUGUCGGUGCGAGAACAACCGAGUCUCAACUGCACCGUGAGCUUGCAAGUGGUCUUAGUUUCCCCGUAGGCUUCAAGAACGGUACCGAUGGGUCCCUAGGCGUUGCGAUCGACGCGAUCGGCGCUGUCAGGCACCCUCAUCAGUUCCUGUCUGUCACCAAGCCCGGCGUGGCUGCCAUCGUGGGCACGGUCGGCAACGACGACUGUUUCGUGAUCCUGAGAGGAGGCACAAAAGGCACAAACUACGAUGAGAAGAGCAUCAAGGAGGCCAAGGCAGCGCUGCAGAAGGCGGGUGUACGCGAGCGGAUGAUGGUGGACUGCAGCCACGGCAACUCGCAGAAGAACCACAAGAACCAGCCCAAGGUGGCGGCCGUCCUGGCCGAGCAGCUCGCAAAGGGCGAGACUGGCAUCAUGGGCGUGAUGAUUGAGAGUAAUAUCAACGAGGGAUCCCAAAAGGUACCCAAGGAGGGCAAGGCAGGCCUUCAGUACGGCGUCAGCAUCACCGACGCAUGCAUCGGCUGGCAGGACACCGAGUCUGUUCUGGCCCAGCUGGCUGACGGUGUGAAGAAGAGGCGAGCUGUCCUGGACGAGACCAAGGCGAAGGAGAACGGUGCAUAG